UCUGUUAAUAGUAACUCCAACUUCAGUAUUUUGUUUGGGUUCCUGUUUAUUAUAUAAUCAUAGCUAAAUUAAAUUGUGUUGUUUUUAAAAGCAGUAUAUUGACCUCUCACAUCAUGUGAUUGACUGAGGGGCCCCUGACACCAAUGUGGCGCAGAAGGAGGCGACACGUGGCGGGAUGGAGGCUACCUUGCAGCAAUGCUUGGAGGACACAAUGGAGAAUCCAUGCACUAUUGGAGUCCUGUGCACAGAUUUACAAGGACUCAAUCUGGGCUGCCACAGAACCCUGUCAGAUGAGCAUGCUGGGGUGAUAUCUGUUCUAGCCCAGCAAGCAGCUAAGCUAACCUCAUACCCCACUGGUAUUUCUGUGGUGUGUCUAGAAUCAGAUAGUGGGAAUAUUAUGCUCCAGAAACAUGAUGGCAUCACAGUGGCAGUGUACAAAAUGGCCUCCUGA